AUGCAAGUGGAUUCUGAGACAGAGUAUGAUGAUGAUGAUGAUGAUGGUGAUGUGGUAUUCCUCACAAUAGUGAUAGUCUCAGCCACCAUCGUUGUCUCUGUGUGAGGUAGCAAUAAGCCUGGGGACGAGGUUACAAUAUGACGAUGAUGACCAUUAUGCUAAUGAUGAAGGAAACCAUAUUGGAAACGACGGUGACCAUGAUGAUGAUGAUAUCGGACAGGUUUUACAGGUUGUUACUGCUGCAGUCAGUCUGGUGUCAUUUCUACCUCAGUCAGUAGCUUAGUGAGCAGCAGUCCAGCCAGUGGCGGCUCCUGAAAAAAUUCUCAGGAGGGGCAAUUUUUCUGAUGAUUUAGGUGACCUACACACAUUUUAAAAAAGAUAUGUCCAGCAACAACAUGAAGACAGGGGCAGCAUAUAAGUCAAUACCAGAAGCAUUUAUUGACUGAUCUGGGGAGAUGGAUUCCAGUUUCUGUGACAGAUUAUAAAUAAUCUCUGAUGCCUUUGUUAUAUUAGCUUUUGGUUGAAUGUACUGUCGUAGUAAAUAUAUAAUGUUAUAGCUUGGUCUGACUAAAAUCUUGUGCAUGACCCAUUUUGUGUUGGGCGUUUGUUUUCAAUCAAUGCUGUUCCUAUCCUAUGUCAGCAGGUGGCCAAGGACAACACCCACGCCAUAGGUCUCUCAGUUCUUCCAACUCACGAGUUCUUGCUCUGAGGACACACACACACACACACACACACAUCAUCACUGAUAACACACACACACACACACAUCAUCACUGUUAAACACACACACACACACACACAUCAUCACUGUUAAACACACACACACACACACACACACAAAAAUCCCCUCUCUUUAGGCUGAACAUUUGAAGACAGAGAACCCGACUCAGAGCCAAUGCAACAGUGGAGGGGACCUCGCCCAACUCAUCAGGACCAAUCAGAAGAUCAGAACUACUAGAUUCAACCUACAUCAUUUAUUGUAUAAAAUGUCAGCACACAAUGUUUUCGGGGCUCUCUUCAGAUAGCUCCCUAAGAGUUUGACGAACGAGUCCGUGCACGCGAUUCCAGAUAUCUUUACCUCUGAAUAAACUGCCUUUAUUAUACCAUAUCCACCCUGUCCAAAGUCUCUACUUGGUCUCAGUUCUCCAGUAAACUUGUGAUUAUCAACAGUACACAACGGUAACAAACAAUUGGGGGAACUCACGGGGCAGAUAGUAAGGUCACAGUGACACAGAAAGCAGUUCAAUGUCGGGGCUCGGGGGUACAGAGUCGCUCUCUUACCAGGAUCGAUUUUCCCUGUGACUGUCAGAUCGAGGUCCGCUCCGACCAGGGUGAAGCCGGCCGGCUCCACUUCUCUGUCCGGGACUCUGUCAUCCAGCCAAGUCUCCCAGCUGUAUUGGAUUCCGCUGCCAGCAACGUUUUCAUUAUUUAGUCCGUUCGUAGCGGGUAUGUACACGAUCAACAAGAUCAGUCCAAAACCCACCACUCGAAAUCCAUGGUUGGCAGAAUGUUUGUAAACUAAGUGUACAAAUUAAAAACAUAAAAUAACGCCACUAAGUGUACAAAUUAAAAACAUAAAAUAACGCCACACUGCAGGUCGCAAAGAGACGCUGCUAGCCGCUAUUUGCUUAGUUACGUUCAUGGUUACGUCACGUAUGACGAAAGCGCGUAAGUGCAAGCCCACAGACACCCAUAGAGAAUGUAUUGAAAGCUUUGAAAUUUGAAAAAAAUAGAUUUUACAUGACAGGCUAUGAGAGACUUCUGGGCGAUUUUCAACCUGACUGAAAUCGCCCAAAAACGGGCGGGGCCUUUUGAAGCACGACUUUAGCCUGAUUUGACAUUUAGUGGCAGUCAGAUCAGAUUACAACACUGAUAACUACUGUUGCCGUGAUAUAAUUGAUUAGAAAAAAAAUCCCUUCCUUUUCCCGUUUGGCAGUGCGUCGCCCAUAUCGCCCUAUUGAACAGGCCGUCCCUGAGUCCAGCCACUAACAGAGCAGGCAUUCCCUGGGUCCUGAUGACUUCCAGAUGACAGCCUGGCCAGAGAGAACUCAGCACUCAGUCACAGACAGAGGGGGAGAGAGAAGGGGGAGAGAGAGAGAGACUAGAGUGAGAGAAAAAGAGAGGUAGAAGAAGAGAAAAAGAGGAGAGUGAGAGAGUGAGAGAGAGUGAGUGAGUGAAUGAAGCAGUUGCAUGUGAAGUGGUUUAGCAGUGCUCCAGUCAGCAUUCUUACCUCAUUCUCCUGAUGGUUGUUUGUAUUCAGCUCUCUCCAGCUGGGGCCUGGCUGGCUGCUGUGAUUGGCUAGUGACUGACUCACAUUCAAAGCCCAGGGAGACAGACAGACGACAGGGCCCGAGGGAGAGAGCAAGAGAGACAUCAGGGCAGGACGGUAGUCAGUGUAUGUGUGCUGGGCCGAGGGUCAUCAUGAUGCAUCGGUGGCGUCUACUCAUCACUGUGUUCUACUGCCAGCUGUACCUGGCUGCUGCUCAACACUGGAGGAAAGGUAGGACACCUGAGCACCUCACAGAGCUUAGACUGACUUCAGGUCAGUUUGAGGGGUCAACAUAGAUGCUUUCAUAGAAAGUUAAUGGCUGUUGUGUAGACGUUCUCAGAACUAGUAUCAAUAGGAAGAAAUGAACUGCAUUAUGGAUUUUUUAAAAUCUAAUCUUAAUGAAUCAAAGGAAAAAACAAAACCAUAUGGUUAUGUAUUUUGUAUUGGUGUGUGCUAUUAUAACUGAACAUUUUGCUGCCAAAUAGAUUAUUUAGGUGUAUUUAAGUAGGCUCUAUUGUUUUAUGCAUGCAGAUUUUUGCAGACUUUUAUCUGAUGUGUUUGCAGACUUUUAUAAGAUUUUAUGUUUUUUGAAGAAAAUACAAAUGUUUUGUUUGCUUUGGCAAGGCUGUGGGUGUUGGGCUCCUGUAUGUAUGUGAUUGUGUUGAUAUGAAGGAGAAGAAUGCUAUGUUCUGAAUAUCUUUCAACAAGGUUCCCAGUGAAAAACAACUUCAAGUGCCUUGUUGUUAUUGAAUCCAAACAUUUGGAUCCACAUUCAUACAUUGUCCCUCCCUCCCACACACGUCAACAUUUAGUUCCUUGGAAAUGUCGACUGCCGAAAAUAGAUCCCUCCGAAUUAAGGAAUGUAGGAGGGUGGAUUUAAAUCACUGAAUCAGUCACAUGAUGUUGAACCUGCUUCAGGAAACGCAACUUAGCUCAGGUCUUUGCUGGCGGAUGAGAUCCAGUAAUGGAUACUGACAUGGUAAGAUAAAAUAAUACAAACUUUAUUUAUCCCAGAGGGGAAACUGGUUUGUCAAUCAUGUGUCUCAGUAUCCAUUAGGAAAAUAUUAUUACAUCCAUCUCAUACGAGUACUAAGCCUAUCUACUGUAUGACUAUUGAACUUCAGGUCACCCCUAAAGACCACAUCUGAAUAUUUAGGAUUUGAUAGAGGGGACAAACAGACAGUGAUUUAGAAUUGGGGACAAACUGUAAGUGUAGCCAAUGUGACUGUCUCUGGCCCCUGUGUCCCUCUGACUGCUGCCAAAUUCUUCCCCAGCUGUUUUGACUGCAGCAGCUUGGCAAAACAUCUGCAUAUCUGACUUGAUGUAUUGUUAUCCCUUCAAUAUUGAGACAUAUCUUGUCCCAUAUUUGGAGCUCUUAGGUCUUCGGUUCACUGGGAAAGUUCUGAUUAGGACAUAUAUUUAGCUUGCUCCAGAGUGUGUAUUUUGUGGGAAAUAUCAGUUAAGAGAUCACAAUACAAAAAUGUAAACUGGUUAAGGAAACAUAAUUCAUCAGUUGUAGUAUGGGAAAUGUUCCUGACUUUGGUUUUGGCUCCAACUUUAAGCCAAAUAACCAUUACUGUAAACCUGAGGUAAUGUGACCUCUGUUUUGGCUGCUUUUCUCUAAUCACGACACAAUUCUAGCCAAGACCAUUCAGCACUGCUUGUAAUUAUUGGCUUUGUGUUUUCCCCUGGCUCAUUGCAAGUGCUUAGAGGGAGAUUACAAGUUCCCUGCUUAUUUGUGAGGACACAGGGGACAGUGUCCUAGCAAACACUGAUUAUUUAUUCUAGCGCUACAGUGGGCCGAGAAGCAUGAACGAUGAUUGGUUUCUUCUAGCUCAGAGCUUUGAAUACUGAGAUCUGCUUUCAGAAGUGGAUCAUCCACAUUAAACCAGCAACCACUUAUUCCAUAUGUGACCAGCUAAAUUUAGAAACCGAGUCUACUGUAUAUCAGAUGACUGUGUUAACCCGCUGAGCUAAAGCCUAGGCAUUACAUGAGUCUUCAGGUCUCAGGCAAGGUUACACAUCACAUGAGCAUUGCACAUAGAUGUUUCUUUGUGUUGCUGUUGUUCUGCUGAGGUGAAUAGAUGGUUCCCUCCUGUUCUUCACUUCUGCCUCGAGCUCAACACAGUGGACUCAACUCAUCAUCUGUGUGUGGAAUUCCAGCUCCACCUUCCUCCACUUACAGAUUCACACUGGAAGGCAUUAGGAAAGGAUGUGCUGCUGGAUAAAAGUCAACAUUGGGGCUUCGGCUUUCCAGUACAUACUGAUCAGUAUCACACUUGGAUGCACAGUAGCACAUAUCAGCCCAAAUCUGGGUGAAAACUAUGACAUCAAUGUCUGGCAUUCCUCACAGCUGCUGUAUGUAUGGCGCCUGUGCAACUAGUGGUGAAACCCAUAAAAAUGUAUGGCUGGUUGGAGCAGCCAUUUUGGAGCUAACAUCUCCACAGAGGUACAGCAUCGCCUUAACAUCAAACGAUUCAUGGAAAAUGAAGCAUACAAAUGAACCUCAUAGACCUCAUAACCCCACUGUUCACACUGGCUCUGUGCCAAUAAAAGUUGUUAUUGUCCCUAUGGGUGUGUUCUGUAUGCUUAUGCAUUCCAAUACUGCUGCUUUAACCCUGUUUCUGAAUGGGGAGAAUGUGGCCAGUGUUGUCCCAUCGAGAGUGUGAGGCCUUGGUGGCCGGACGGUUAGGAGUACAGUGGAGGGGGACUGGGAGUGGCAAGAGCUGAUCUUGGAUCAGAUUCCAUAAGGAGUACAGUCGGAGAACAGUGGAAUUGUGCUGGGUGUCAGUUGACCAGGAGUUGAUUCCUGAUCAGUUUCCAUAGAGAGAGAGGGCCAAUGUUUAAACUAUGAUCCUCGUUAAGCUCUGUGAGCCUAUAUUUCUCUUGGCUCAAACAGCAGUGAUUGGAUAUCUGGCUUGGAUUAGUAACAAGAGCACAUUCUACAGUCGAGGUCAAAAGUUUUGAGAAUGACACAAAUACUAAUUUUGUUGUGAAGAAGGCGCCAGUGCGCCCAAGAAAGUCCAGCAAGCGCCAGGACGUCUCCUGAAGUUGAUUCAGCUGCGGGAUCGGGGCACCACCAGUGCAGAGCUUGCUCAGGAAUGGCAGCAGGCAGGUGCGAGUGCAUCUGCACGCACAGUGAGGUGAAGACAUUUGGAGGAUGGCCUGGUGUCAAGAAGGGCUGCAAAGAAGCCACUUAUCUCCAGGAAAAACAUCAGGGACAGACUGAUAUUCUGCAAAAGGUACAGGGAUUAGACUGCUGAGGACUGGGGUAAAGUCAUUUUCUCUGAUGAAUCCCCUUUCCGAUUGUAUGGGGCAUCCGGAAAAAAGCUUGUCCGGAGAAGACAAGGUGAGCGCUACCAUCAGUCCUGUGUCAUGCCAACAGUAAAGCAUCCUGAGACCAUUCAUGUGUGGGGUUGCUUCUCAGCCAAGGGAGUGGGCUCACAAUUUUGCCUAAGAACACAGCCAUGAAUAAAGAAUGGUACCAACGCAUCCUCUGAGAGCAACUUCUCCCAACCAUCUAAGAACAGUUUGGUGACGACCAAUGCCUUUUCCAGCAUGAUGGAGCACCUUGCCAUAAGGCAAAAGUGAUAACUAAGUGGCUCGGGGAACAAAACAUUGAAAUGAUGGGUCCAUGGCCAGGAUACUCCCCAGACCUUAAUCCCAUUGAGAACUUGUGGUCGAUCCUCAAGAGGCGGGUGGACAAACAAAAACCCACAAAUUCUGACAAACUCCAACCAUUGAUUAUGCAAGAAUGGGCUGCCAUCAGUCAGGAUGUGGCCCAGAAGUUAAUUGACAGCAUGCCAGGGCGGAUUGCAGAGGUCUUGAAAAAGAAGGGUCAACACUGCAAAUAUUGACUCUUUGCAUAAACUUAAUGUAAUUGUCAAUAAAAGCCUUUGACACUUAUGGAAUGCUUGUAAUUAUACUUCAGUAUACCAUAGUAACAUCUGACAAAAAUAUAUCAUAACACUGAAGCAGCGAACUUUGUGAAGACCAAUACUUGUGUCAUUCUCAAAACUUUUGACCACGACUGUACAGUAGUAGGGAAUCUAACCAAGCUCAGAAAGAAUGUCACUCUCUCUGUCAGAUGUUGUAUGUAUGAGAGAAUGAGUACCUGAUGGUGUAAAGUAUGGACGAACAGUAGCCCUGCAUGUUGCAUUUCAUAAAGCUCAGUCACAACAUCAUUGAACUCUGAGCUGUUGAGAGGAAAACGUGAUUUACCCCCUAGUCACGCUGUGUUCCUACCAUGACCUUUCUGUUCUGUCAAGGGCCCAGGCAUUCCUCAGACAGACUGAAGCACUGCAUGAUCGAUGGUUUGUUUGUGUCCACUUCAAACAUGCUCCGACUUCCAAUCAAGCUACUUAUUUGGACCUUGUCUGUCUGUACCUGACCCUUCAACCCAAAAGCACAUGGCCCUGUACUUUCAACACACAGUCGGAGUCCCUGCCAGGUAUUCAGGGCUGUAAUGGAAAAGAAAGCAAAUAAGGUAUUGAGGGAGAGAUGCUGCUUGCACCAAACUUUCCUCUCUAGCAGUGGAGGCUGCUGAGGGGAGGACGGCUCACAAUAAUGGCUGGAAUGGAGUCAAUGGAAUGGCAUCAACCACAUGGAAACCACAAGUAUUUCCACUAUGUACUGUAGCUGUCUCUCAAACUGGUAAAGGAUAUUAUCAUGUCAGUACUGUGACUCCUGCCUCAAAUCAUCCCCUCACUGUUAAGAAGCCGCUCUGAGUAAUAAAGAGAAAACCCUGUCAAAAGAAGCCACUCAAAGUCCUAUUAUCUCACUUAAUGUCAUUUGUAGACCUAAGAACUACCACAUCUCCCCUACAGGUAAAAUGAUAGGUGUGAAGGAGGUGGUUCAGUGAAUGAUCUUAUCUGAGAUCAGAAUACCUGCCUUAGCUGCAUUUAGCUCAGGAGCUGCAUUUAGCUCAGGAGCUGCCUUUAGCUCAGCAGUCUUGUGGUAUGCAAGAGACCAAGGUUCGAACCCAGUUGGUAAGCUUGUGCCCAGGUGUUUCUCUGCUUCUGCUCCUGGUUAGCUCCCCUUAUAAAAGACAGAGCUGCCUUAGUUUGCAGUUCUGAAGGGUGAGAGAGUUUUAUGAGGAGCAGACCACAGCUCCUGAACUCUCAGGCCUGCUGCGGCACAUAUGCCCUGACACUUUGAAAUCUGACCACCCUACCCUAUAGCCUAUACCCUAUAGACACACAUGGGUCUUUGAAAGGAGGGGGCAUCUAUAACGUGGGACAUACCAGCAAUUACCGGUGUCAGAGGUUUAAGGGUUUUCACCCGGUUUCACAUAGGGACAUCUGCUGCAGUUUACACCCCAGUUGUCUCCCACACAAACCUGGGACUAGAUAGUUUAACCUACCUUAGACAUGUUUGCAGUAUGCAGUAAGUGUAGGAUUUUACCUGACCUAUAGCCACUGUGUGAAUGUAUUUGAAUAUAUUGUAUGCUAUACUGUAGACCUAUGGCACUAUGUAAAUCCUGCAACAUGUGUUGAGUUUGACUGACCUCCUGGUCUCAACAAUGGCAUCCACAUUCACCCACUCAACGAGAAAUUCAGGAUCUAUUGUAUUUCGGGCCUCCUUUUGGUUGCCGUUGGUUUAAUGAGUCCUUCAAUUACUCAAAAUGCUAUCUCUCUUCUCACUUUUUCUUUCCUCUCUCUUCAGCCCUUUACCCAUCAGCUUUUAGAGUGAAGCGUGGCGCACACUCAUUGGUCAACCCCACCUUCCAUAACUCUGUGGAAGAUGUUAACCUGCUGUUUGAGGUGAGUCGAAAAUAGCCAGCUCUGCUUAAAUUACCUUAAUGAGCUUAAAGGGAAUUUAAUCCAUUGUGAAUGUUACAUGGAAACAAGAAGAUUGUCAGAUAAAGUCAAAUCUUCCACAAACUUAAAGUUUUAUUCCAGGCUCUGUCUGUUACAGUCUGGAUCAUCCAGAGACCCUCCUGUCAGAUAGUUUUGUCUUUAAUACUUAAUAAUGUACUGAUAUUGAACUCCAUAUCCCAGAGGCCCCUGCUUCUUCUCGUUGUUGAGCCAGACCAUAUCCACUGUGGGCACAACCCAGAUUCAUCCAUACAUAUUUCAGCUGGUAUGUUGGAGCCCAAGGAGCAAACAAUAUGUCUGGACAUAUACUGCUCAACCAUCCAACACUCUGCUGUUUGAGUGGAAAACAUGGACACAGAGGUUAUAUGUUAUUCAAGGUUUGUGAAUCUUGUGGGGUAGCAGCAAAACAUGUUGCAUCAAAAUCAAUGCCACAUUCGGCAUUGCUUAUAAAUAAAAUAUCUUAGGCAUAACAAGUGAAACAUACCUGAAAGCUCAAGUCAACCAAGUCCAAAUCCCUAUCUCCAUCCAUGGCUAAUUUAGGAAAGGGCCAAUUUUAGCUAGCUAGCUAGCCACCGGAGGACAACAAGAUGCAACAAUUCAAGUUGUUUCUGUCAAUGACGUUUGGCUUUCGAUGUGAUGUGAUUGGAGUGAAGCCAAAUCCAAACUGGCUUCCCUUGACACUUUUCUUUUGGUGCGCCAGGACCAUUCACAAUUGAGCUCACUCAGUUUAGCUCAACACUGAUUGGCUAUUUUAUUUUUAUUUAUUUUUAUCAAGGGAGGCCUAAUUCCAUACUCUUUUUGACCAGACAUCAUCAGAUAGAUGGCCUACACAUACAGACAGAGGGGCGCUGUUUCACUUACUCUAAUGCUUUCUCCAUUGAGAUACAUUUAGCCUCUUGCAAAUUGAAGGAAAAUUAUGAAACACUGAUAGACGAAAGAUAAUUUAUUUGAAAAACUUUUUUCUUGGAUAUCUUUUUGGGGAAGCCACUGGUCCUCAUGGGUUCAAACUCCAGAGUUUCUGAAAUUCAUAAACUUUAACUUUGGCAACAGGAGUCAGGUUACUCAAGGUAAACCGUCCCUCUAUCCAUGGAAGGAACAGAAACUUAUUUUUAAGGUCUUAAUUUUUUUAGGGUGAUUAUUAUUUUUAUAUUUUUUAGUUUUUUAGGGGGUAGGUCAGCUUUAAUAUUGCAGAUAUAUUGUAACUUCCAUUAAUGUAAUUGUCUGCAUCACUUCCAAUCCCCAAUAUAUAUUUUUUGCAAAUAUAUAUAUAUAUAUAUAUAUAUAUAUAUAUAUAUAUAUAUAUACAUACACCACCAGUCAAAAGUUUGGACACAACUACUCAUUGAAGGGUUUUUCUUUAUUUUUAAAUAUUUUUACAAUGUAGAAUAAUAGUGAAGACAUCAAAACUAUGAAAUAACACAUAUGGAAUCAUGUAGUAACCAAAAAUAUAUAGCCACCUUUUGCCUUAAUGACAGCUUUGCACAUAUACAUACAUAUAUAUACAUAUCCUUUAAAAAAAUAUAUGUUCCUUUAUUACCUUCUAACCCUACCACCCCUCCCCUAAUUGGAGCAAACUAGUGAACAACAACGCUUAGGCCUCUACUUCCAGCUUAUACAUACUAUAUACAUUUUAUGGACACAGUCAAUUUUACAAUAGUUCUAUUUUGUUUAUUUUUACUCCUGAACUUCCUCUACCCUAAACCUCUCCAAUCGUUUUCAUGAUGUCCAUCCGGUUUGCUUCUAUAUGCCAUAUCUGUGCUCUUUCACAAAAAUUCUUAACCUAUAACCUAUACACAUACAGUCGUGGUCAAAAGUUUUGAAAAUGACACAAGUAUUGGUCUUCACAAAGUUCGCUGCUUCAGUGUUAUGAGAUAUUUUUACUAUGGUAUAAUUACAAGCAUUCCAUAAGUGUCAAAGGCUUUUAUUGACAAUUACAUUAAGUUUAUGCAAAGAUUCAAUAUUUGCGGUGUUGAUCCUUCUUUUUCAAGACCUCUGCAAUCCGCCCUGGCAUGCUGUCAAUUAACUUCUGGGCCACAUCCUGACCGAUGGCAGCCCAUUCUUGCAUUAUCAAUGCUUGGAGUUUGUCAGAAUUUGUGGGUUUUUGUUUGUCCACCCGCCUCUUGAGGAUCGACCACAAGUUCUCAAUGGGAUUAAGGUCUGGGGAUUUUCCUGGCCAUGGACCCAUAAUUUCAAUGUUUUGUUCCCCGAGCCACUUAGUUAUCACUUUUGCCUUAUGGCAAGGUGCUCCAUCAUGCUGGAAAAGGCAUUGGUCAUCACCAAACUGUUCUUAGAUGGUUGGGAGAAGUUGCUCUCGCAGGAUGUAUUGGUACCAUUCUUUAUUCAUGGCUGUGUUCUUAGGCAAAAUUGUGAUUGAGCCCACUCCCUUGGCUGAGAAGCAACCCCACACAUGAAUGGUCUCAGGAUGCUUUACUGUUGGCAUGACACAGGACAGAUGGUAGCGCUCACCUUGUCUUCUCCGGACAUGCUUUUUUCCGGAUGCCCCAAACAAUCGGAAAGGGGCUUCAUCAGAGAAAAUGACUUUACCCCAGUCCUCAGCAGUCCAAUCCCUGUACCUUUUGCAGAAUAUCAGUCUGUCCCUGAUGUUUUUCCUGGAGAGAAGUGGUUUCUUUGCUGCCCUUCUCGACACCAGGCCAUCCUCCAAAAGUCUUCGCCUCACUGUGCGUGCAGAUGCACUCACACCUGCCUGCUGCCAUUCCUGAGCAAACUCUGCACUGCUGGUGCCCCGAUCCCGAUGCCCUGAAGCCCUUUUUGUGCAAAGCAAUGAUGAUGGCACGUGUUUCCUUGCAGGUAACCAUGGUUAACAGAGGAAGAACAAUGAUUUCAAGCACCACCCUCCCUUUAAAGCUUCCAGUCUGUUAUUCUAACUCAAUCAGCAUGACAGAGUGAUCUCCAGCCUUGUCCUCAUCAACACUCUCACCUGUGUUAACGAGAGAAUCACUGACAUGAUGGCAGCUGGUCCUUUUGUGGCAGGGCUGAAAUGCAGUGGAAAUGUUUUUUGGGGAUUAAGUUCAUUUUCAUGGCAAAGAGGGACUUUGCAAUUAAUUGCAAUUCAUCUGAUCAUUCUUCAUGACAUUCUGGAGUAUAUGCAAAUUGCCAUCAUCAAAACUGAGGCAGCAGACUUUGUGAAAAUUAAUAUUUGUGUCAUUCUCAAAACUUUUGACCACAACUGUAUUAUGGACACAGUAUGUUUUACAUUAGUUAUCUUAUUGUUAUUAGUUGUUAUUAGUCCCAACCUUCAGCUCCAUUAAAACCUCCCAUCUAUCUCUAAACAACAUAUUGGAUUUAUAUAUUUUUCAACUAUGCUGUGAUGUUUCACGAAAGUUCUGAACCUUUCUAUUCUCAUUAUUUCUACAGAUUGUAAAUUGAAAAUAAACAUUUUUGCUAAAAGUAUUUAAUAUAUUAUAGCUUGAUUGACUAUGACUUUUCAGAUCACCCAGUAGUGCUAUCUGCAUGGUUAGCUCUAGAUAAAUAUUGCAAUUAUUCAGCCAUUCCUGGAACUGUGACCAAAAACAAGCUACAAAUGGACAGUACCAAAACAAAUUAUCUAAUGAUUCUGUCUCUUCGCAGCAAAAUCUGCAGAGCUGGGAAGGUCUUAAUUAUUGAGUGUUUAGUCCGAUUCAACAGAAGAAUAAGGCAGCAAACAUAUUUUGUAAUGUAUUGUAUGCCCCCUGGUGGUAAGAGCUUGACUUGUGUUCCAGUUAUACCAUUGGGGGUGCAUGAGGUGAGUUUCACCCUGACUAUGUUAAAUGUGGGAAAUCGCUCUGUUGAUCGAAUCAUUCAAUCAGCCAAUUGAUUAAAUCAAUCAAACAAUCCCAGAACAUGAAGGUAUUGACAUGACAGAUGGAUAUAUGAAAAGUGGAUCUGAUAGAACCUUUAAAGAAUCUGAUACCACUGUGGAUGUCUUCUAGAUCCUGCUGGCAGGCCUGCAGAUCGAGGGUGAGGACAAGCCCUUCGUGAUCCCAGACCAGGAGCUGGCGUCUCUGAGGAGGGUCCAAAAGCUGGAGGUCAUCUGUGAGGACAUUCUGCCCAAGAAACUCUCAGAGAUCAGACGUUUGACCUCUCACCUGUCCCAGCGCAGAGGUGCCCUUAGCAGGGAGGACUUUGAGCGCACAGUGCUCACUAUGGUGUACACUGCCCAGACUCUGGAUCAUACCACCUCCCAACACCAGAAGGCGCUGUGGGGAGAAGCCCUGCUGCAGCUGUUUAGGGCCAUACAAGAAGAUCUGACGCCCCCACCCAGGACACCUCAGCACAACUAGUGUUAUGGACUUAUGUGGACACAUCUUUUAGAUACUGUAAUAUACUG